AUGCUCAUCACACUCCUCUUCAUCACCUGGUUCCUCAUCACCCUACUCAUCCUCCUCAUCACUCUCACUGUCUUCUUCCUCAAGGAGACCUAUAUCUUCAAGAUCCACCUUGAACUGGUGAACCAAGUCACCCCCCUUGCCACUGUCACCCUCACUGUGGUCGAUGAGCAUCCCCAACUCCUGCUCCUUGCCCUACUGGGCUUCUUCCUAACCACCCUCCUCAGCAUCCUCGCCCUUGCCCUCAUUGUCUCCCUCUCCCUUCAUCUCAUCAUCAAGCACCUUGAACGGGAACACCAGUGGGCAUUCAACAUCGCUGCCACUGCACAGUGCCCCCUCCCCCAUACCACAACCACUCUCCCCAUCAUUGCUGCCAAUUGGGACAGCAACAACCCAACUCAAGUAUACUUUGAGUACAUUAGGGAGCAUCAAGAUUAG